AUGGCCGACGUCGACAUGAAAGAUGCUAAGACCGUCUCUAAAGGAGAAUCGUCAGAGCCUACCAAGAAGCCCAGAUUCGAGGUCAAGAAAGUAUGUUUAUCUCCAUGUUCACUCGAGAGAAAUCUACAAACAAGCCCCGCUAUAUGGAGCUGGUGAUCAAGUAUAUCUGUUAGGAGCUUGGGUGCUGACAUGCUAUCGAUGAUAAAGUGGAAUGCAGUAGCACUAUGGUCUUGGGAUAUAGUUGUUGAAAACUGCGCGAUUUGCCGUAACCACAUUAUGGAUCUCUGUACGGGUGACCUCUUUACUAUUAUUAUUACUAUUGCUCUCUUUCUCAUUUUUACUAUCGGUGAGGCUGGAGCUGACAAUAUUACUCUGGAUAGGCAUCGAAUGCCAGGCAAAUCAGGCCAGCGCAGUGAGUGAAGAAUGCACUGUUGCCUGGGGUAUCUGCAACGUGAGUUUCUCUCCUUCUUCAAGUAGGGUCCGUCAGAGGUAUCAAGCCAACGCUAAUUCCAACUCUAGCAUGCAUUUCACUUCCAUUGCAUUUCUCGCUGGCUAAAGACCCGUCAAGUCUGUCCUCUCGACAAUCGCGAUUGGGAGUUCCAGAAGUACGGGAAAUAGAUGACUUGUGCUCCCUCUCUUACCCAUCAAUGUCGUUUCUUUUUCUUUAAUUGUUUUUUUUUUUUUUUGCGGCGUUAUUGACGGCCAGUUGGGAAAUUGAUGUGCAAUAAUGGCUCACGCAUUCUACAAUUAGAGCGGUGAUCUACAUCCUGGGUACGAAUAAAAGCGGGUGCAGAAGCUCGGUGUCUGCUAUGUAUUUCUGGGAGGGGGGGUGGCAGUUCUGACCCAUGCGUUCGUUUAGCCUUCUUGUUUCUACGAGUUCUCGGUCACUUAUUUUACGACUGUGAAAAGUGUUUUGAUAGGAUAUCCGCUUGUUCUAUCCAUUCUACAUUGAUGU